AUGACAACCGCAGUUAUCUUUCAUCACACUGGGCUAAUUGACGACAUCCUGAAGCAGGUGGUGGACAUGAAUCAAGAGAUCAAAAUUUACUACCCCGACACGGCUGCGGUUAAGGACCAGCUAAUGUCCAGAGUCCAAUGGUUAGUCAAAAGCCAGCAAACUAAUAUUGACUACCUAGGGGAGGGCGCGGGUCGACGCACGGCGCUACAACAUGCGGUGAACAACGGAAACAUGGACCUGAUCAACUUCCUUCUUGACCACGGAGCCGAUGUCAACAGUGCACCAUCAGAGGAUGGUGGAGCAACCGCAUUGCGGAUUGCUGCCAUUCAAGGCUACCUGGGAAUUGCUUGCAAGCUCCUGGGAAUUGCUUGCAAGCUCCUGACCUAG